UUUCGCGAUGUGUGAGUCAGUAGUUUACGUUUUAUCAUUACACAUUGUGUCCGUGAAGCAAGUCAGUCGCGUUAGGGUAACGGCAAGAAAACGUUGUACAAAGGGUUUAGCCACAACUGCACGGACUUUUGUGUUUGUUGGUGGAAGUGAUGUGGACAGCCAAGGAUGAUCAGCCGAGCGAUGCACUCGGGCGCACGAGCACCAACUCUGAAGUGGUGCUGGUGGACGGCCAAGGAUUGGCCCCUGCCUCCACGCCCCCGACUAUAGCUAAUCUAAAUGUUACAAAAUCAUCCCGAGUCCACAUCGGUCCCAAGUUUGUUUCCGUGACACAGAAUCUACAAAACACUGAGGUGGUUAAAGGCCGCUUACUGGGCCUAGAGUUGGUGUCACCUAAGGGCUCCCGCCGUCUACGCUGUAGCGUGGCCGUCUUCGUGUGUUGGGCCUUUCUUGUCGCCUCUGGCCUCGUCAUCUACCUCGUCGCGGUCGCCCUGCCAAGGCCACAGGGUCGUCUAGACAUAGGUUUGAAGGUGCCGUGGUACCUGCGCCGCGGGGACUGGCAAGCAAUGCCGCCUUACUCAAUAGAUUUCCUAGAUUUGCCUCUAUCGUAUGUUAUCGUCGGCCACUCUGCUGCCAAUUUCUGCGAACAAAUGUAUGAAUGUAUAGAGCAGAUGCUCGUCAUACAACAGGAUCAUUUACGCAGAGGAUUGAACGAUAUCGGCCCUAAUUUUCUUGUAGGCGGCAAGGGUUUUGUAUUCGAAGGCAGAGGUGCUAAUGUUUUUGGUGCAAUGGUUACUUCUUGGAACGUGAAAAGCAUCACAAUAAUGUUCAUGGGCAACUACGUAAAUGAAUUUCCCAAUCAGGAACAAUUUAAUCAUUUAAAUAUACUGUUAGAUGUACUCGUGAAAGAACAUGUUCUUGUACCAGAUUACACGUUAUAUGCGCAAUGUCAGGUACAGCCCGACACCGUCUCUCCCGGGCGUCACGUGCUUGCUCAUAUGGAUUACUUCGAAAAUUGGAACUCUUAUAAUAGAAGUGGCUGUCUUAACAGAUACAUGCCCUUUCCUGUUUACGUGUGGCACAUCAUCAAGAACAGUUCCCGUGCGGAGAGGCUGUCGUGUGUCGCUGCUCUCCUAGCCCUGCUUGUGUGCGUCGGUUUAAUUGUUUACUUCACAGUACUUGCCAAAAACACCACGGACGAUAUAACUGACGUUGCGCCACACGAAUGGAACAUUUCUCGAGAAAUGUGGUUGGCACGGCCGUUUGACAACAACGGAACAACGAAACUCUUCGAUCCACUGAAACUGGUCGUUAUUCAACAUACAGUCAGUCCAAUGUGCGAGAGAUUCAUUCUCUGUGCAGCCGAGCUUCGCAAUAUGCAGUCUUGGUUUAUCGCACAAAGUCACUACGACAUACCUUACAAUUUUAUCAUCGGCAACGAUGGACGUGUGUACGAAGGCCGAGGCUGGGGUAUUGAAGGUGCUCAUACUUUCGGCUACAAUCGCUGUUCUGUGGGCCUCGGUUUUAUUGGUGACUACAGAGAAGAAUUGCCAGUGCAUGCUCGAGUCACCGAUCUUCAAAUUAAAAGGGCUAAGAUGAUUCUAGAAGAGGGCGUCAAACUUGGUUACCUGGCCACUGAUUACGUAGUUCUCGGAGCUAAGGAUCUACAUUUAACUGCUAGUCCGGGAUCAAACCUUUACAACGCUAUUAGAAAAUGGGACCAUUACGGUCACGUAAAUCUGUGGCGUAACUCUACAUGUGAAGAAAUGCACGGAUUACCACCACGGCAAUAAUUUGGAUAAAAAAAGUAAUUAAUACUUUUAUUUAUCAAGGAUUAAGGACUUUAUUAUUACGAUAUUCGAUAGCCAUUUAGUUUAGUUUAUGUGUAUUAUCCGUAGUUACUAAAAUAAUUAUUAGUACAUGAAAUUAAUACAAGAAAACCAAGAAAGUGUAACCGAGUAUUGUUGGAAUAAUGCUGUCGAAAAAUUUUAUAAUUUUCAUUUAAAAAAAAGUUACGAUUAUGAAUAAGAACUAUGUAAUCAUUCUAAAAUCUAAUUUUGUCCACUUCAUCGAAUAGGGAAAUAUCCCUAUUGAAUCAUUUUUGCAUGUUUUAUGCCAAAAAAAA